GACCCGUCCACGCCAAGAUGGCGGCGCCCAUCGGGGUUAAGUCCGUUCGCCCUGCGUUCGGGCCGGGGCGGGGGUCUGGGCUUUAGGCUGAGAAAAAUUCCACAAUGUUUGGGGACCUAUUUGAAGAAGAUUAUUCCAGUGUGUCUAAUAAUCAGUAUGGAAAAGGGAAGAACUUAAAGACUAAAACUUUGGAGCCACCUGCUCCUAGAGAAUUCACCAAUUUAAGUGGAAUCAGAAAUCAGGGUGGAACCUGUUACCUCAAUUCCCUUCUUCAGACUCUUCAUUUCACACCUGAAUUCAGAGAAGCUUUAUUUUCUCUUGGUCCGGAAGAGCUUGGUUCCUUAGAAGAUAAGGAUAAACCUGAUGCAAAGGUUCGAAUCAUACCUUUACAGUUGCAGCGCUUGUUUGCUCAGCUUCUGCUCUUAGACCAGGAAGCUGCAUCCACAACAGACCUCACUGACAGCUUUGGGUGGACCAGCAAUGAGGAAAUGAGGCAACAUGAUGUGCAGGAACUUAAUCGAAUUCUCUUCAGUGCUUUAGAAACCUCCUUGGUUGGGACGUCUGGCCAUGACCUCAUCAAUCGUCUGUACCAUGGAACUGUGGUUAACCAGAUUGUGUGUAAAGAAUGUGAAAACAUCAGUGAGAAGCAGGAAGACUUUUUAGAUCUAACAGUAGCAGUCAAAAACGUGUCUAGUUUGGAAGAUGCCCUCUGGAACAUGUAUGUGGAGGAGGAAGUCUUUGACUAUGACAACUUGUAUCACUGUGGAACUUGUGACCGGCUGGUUAAGGCAGCCAAGUCAGCCAAAUUGCGCAAGCUACCACCCUUUCUUACUAUUUCACUGCUGAGAUUCAAUUUUGAUUUUGUGAAGUGUGAACGCUACAAGGACACUAGUUGUUAUACCUUCCCUCUGCGGAUCAAUCUCAAGCCUUUUUGUGAACAGAGUGAAUUAGAUGACUCAGGAUAUAUGUACGACCUCUUCUCUGUCAUUAUCCACAAAGGCGGCUGCUAUGGGGGACACUACCAUGUCUACAUUAAGGAUGUUGACCAUCUGGGGAACUGGCAAUUUCAAGAAGAAAAGAGUAAGCCAGAUGUGAACUUGGAAGCUCUCCCAAAUGAAGAGACUGAUGAUCCACUGAUGAUCCUAAAAGCCAUCUUAUUACAGGAAAAGAGCAGUCUAAUAUCUGUUGAUCAACUGGGACAAAAACUCUUGAAAAAGACAGGAAUAUCAUGGAACAAGAAGUACAGAAGACAACAUGGACCACUGCGAAAGUUCUUACAGCUCCAUUCUCAGAUAUUUCUGCUCAGCUCAGAUGAAAGUACAGUUAGUCUUCUGAGGAAUGGUUCUCUCCAGGCUGAGUCUGAUUUCCAAAGAAAUGAUCACCAGACUUCAAAAUGCCCGGGAUUAAAUGGAAGCCCCACUUUCCCCCACUGGUUUGAUAUCAAUGAUUCCAAAGUGCAGCCAAUUGAGGAGAAGGAUAUUGCGCAGCAGUUUCAGGGGAAGGAAAGUGCCUACAUGCUGUUUUACCGGAAGUCCCAGUUGCAGAGGCCCCCUGAAGCUCGAGCUAACCCAAGAUACAGGGUUCCAUGCCACUUGCUGAAGGAAAUGGAUGCAGCCAACACUGAACUGCAAAUGAAAAGAACAGAGUGUGAUUCUGCGAACAAUAAUUUUGAAUUGCAUCUCCACCUGGGCCCUCACUAUCGUUUCUGCAAUGGGGCGCUGCACCCGGGAACCUCACAGGCAGAGAGUGUGUGGGAUUUGACUUUUGAUAAAAGGAAAACUUUAGGAGAUCUCCGACAGUCGAUAUUUCAGCUGCUGCAGUUUUGGGAAGGAGACAUGGUUCUCAGUGUGGCAAAGUGCGUGCCAGCGGGACUUCACAUUUACCAGACCCUGGAUGGAGAUGAACUGACACUGUGUGAAGCUGAAAUUGCUGAUGGAGAAGACAUCUUUGUAUGGAAUGGAGUAGAGGUUGGCGGAGUCCAGAUCCAGACUGGUGUGGACUGUGAGCCUCUACUGAUCCACGUUCUUCAUGCGGAGACAAGUGCGGAAGGAGAGACGCAGGGGCGGUUGGUGGAGACCCCACAUGUUUUCCCGGCAAAUGCGGAAAUGCGGACUGUGUUCACUACCUUGGCCAUGCCAGUCGGCGUCAUCCUGGUAAACCUUGCCGAGCCUGGCGGGGACGAGUGGACUGCCAUUCCCCAGAAAGACUUGAAGAAGACAUUCCGAGAGCAGGGGCUCAGAAACGGAAGCUCGCUUUUACUUCAGCAUUCCCACAGUGCCAAUAACAGUCUGUUGUCCAGACAAGGGAAAUGGAUUGCUGAUGUGGAAGAGAGCAACUGGCUCCAAGUUAAAAUUUUAUGUCAGUCAGAAUCUGAAGAGAACCAAGUGAAAGUAGCGGCAACUGCUAACACAGUGGUGUUUGAUAUUCGAAUUAAAGCCAUAAAGGAAUUAAAAUUAAUGGAGGAAUUAGCUGAGAACAGUUGUUUGAGACCUGUUGACAGAAAUGGAAAGCUUCUUUGUCCAGUGCCGGACAGCGCUACCCUGAAGGAGGCGGAGGUGAGGCUGGGGAGCACUCUGGCACUGUGUCUUGGAAAAGCACCAACUUCCUCUCAGCUGUUCCUGUUUUUUGCUGUGGGGACUGACCUUCAACCAGGCGUAGAAUUGGAGGUCAUAGUAGAGGAAACACUGUCUGUGAGAGACUGUUUAAAGAUAAUGCUGAAGAAAUCUGGUCUGUCAGGGGGUGCAUGGCAUUUACGGAAAAUGGACUGGUGCUACGAAGCUGGGGAGCCUCUAUGUGAAGAGGAUGCAACACUGAAAGAACUUAGGAUAUGCUCUGGAGAUACUUUGCUUUUAAUGAAAGGAAAACUGCCCCCUCUGGGAUUCCUGAAGGUGCCCAUCUGGUGGUACCAGCCUUGGGGGCCAUCAGGACACCAGGAGAGUCGGUACCAGCCUAACUGCGCCCCUUCUCAAGGCAGCAGCUGGAGAGUUGCUUCCAGCCAAGGUGCCCCCGGGGCCCCCGCGCCCUCGCGAGCCCGCCUCGAGUACCUGGGCGACGUGGACAUCUCCGAGGACGCCUCGCUGGAGGAGCUGAAGCGGCAGGCCAUGGCCUUGCCUUUUGCCUCAGAGCUGGCCUUCUGGCCCCCAGCCUUCCUCAGAGCCUGGACGGUGGAAAGCAAGCGCCCCCGCAGGCUGCUCCGCGCGGACAGACAGCAGCUCAGGGAAUAUAAACUAGGACGGAAAGCUGAGAUAUGCCUGGAAGCUCUUGAGAAGGAAGAAAGCUUGGGCCCCCAGGACAUGCUGCUGAGGACGCAGCUGCGCAUCCCCGGGGAGAGGGCCUACGCGCGGGCCGUGGACUUGGUGUGGGAUGCAGCGCGAGGCUGCACCGCUGGCUCCCUCAGGCAGAGAGUGGCCGAUUUCUAUUCGCUGCCUGUAGAGAAAAUUGAAAUUGCCAAAUACUGCCCUGAAAAAUUUGAGUGGCUUCCCAUAUCUAGCUGGAAUCAGCAAAUUGCCAAAAGGAAAAAGAAGAAAAAGCAAGACAAUUUGCAAGGGGCACCAUAUUACCUGAAAGAUGGAGACGUUAUUGGUGUUAAGAACCUCCUGGUGGAGGAGGAUGACGAGGACUUCGGCACCAUCAGCGACGACCUCGGGAAGGAGAGGCAGAAGCAGCUGGCGCUGGGGAAGAAGAAGAGCCGCGAAGCCCUCCGUGCACACAGCAGUGACCUCUUCUCCAGCGCAGGGACGCCUGCCCAGCCCCGAGGACCAGAAGCUUCUCUGUCCAUCCACGUUGGGAGCUUCCGAUAGGCCUGGCAGAGGACGCUCCCGGCAUGCCCAGCGCCGCGCUGCGGCUCCAGCUGUUCUGCCAGUCCCGUGACGCGCUGUGGGGUGGGUCCGGCACCCCAGUUCUGUGCUGCCCUGGAUGGAGGUGGAGCGCCCUCCUCAGGCCGGGCCGGUGCUUGUCAUCCUUCGGAUCUUCAGUACACAUGGCCCACGUAGGUGCCAACCUCCCCAUGCCCACCCGUGGCCUUUCCCAGAACACUGGCUGUGUGUCGACCGCAGGUGAGACCGCAGCGUGGGCUUCUGUAUAAAACACGCGUGGUCCAGUCACCUUCGCUGCGGGGCCGGCGGCUGAUGAGCUGCUGCAAGGCAGCCAAGCUCCCCAUUCAUGCACAGCCUCCCCUGGGCCGGCCUGCUGGCCCGCGUGGCAGCCCUCCAGAGUGGCCCUGCUGAGAAGCAAGCGCCAGGUGUGGCCCCUGCCACUCGGGGCUGGUGACAGAAGCCAGGUGGUAGACAGGGCCAUCACAGGCCGCUGGACACACGCUCCAAGUUGGUGUUGAUUCAGCCCAGACAGCCGUGCGAGUGAACGCGUUGUGUGUGCGCGGUCACCGGCCCGGUGUUCUCACCAGCCACCCCGAGCUCCUCGUGGCCGCGCCUCCGCCGCCCCCGCUCAGGCUCUGCAUCUCGUAGAGGGCCCCGCGUACCCGACACUGCAGGGGACCCGUCUUUCCUGCCUGGUUCUCUUCCAACAUCGCUUCCGUCCACUUGCCUGGGCGGCCACGUAGGGUCAGUUGUCCAUCGUCUCCCGUCAGAGCCUCGGACUGGCAGCGCCUCUAGUUCCCAGACACUGGCCUUCCCGUUCCGUCCACAGCUCACUCAGGUUUGAUGACACACACCCUGUGCGCGUGCACACUGGCUGCCGGGCCUUCCAGGCUGUUUUUUUACUUUCACUGGUGAAUUUCCGUACUGUGGUCUCACGGCCUGCGUGGCCUGGGAAGGCGAUAAAGCAGCAAUGCGCUGAGCGCCACCUCCAAGUUCUGGCCAACGGGGCGCCCGCCACGGCCUGUGCUGGCCAGCUUGCCUUUGUCUUUGGUUUAUCAUCAGUAUUUUAAUU